CGCCUUGGCCUCCCAAAGUGCUGUGAUUACAGGCAUGAGACACCGCGCCAGCCUAGUUUUGUGAGGUUUGAAUGAAUAUGAAAAUGCCUUUUCCCUACAAAAGUGCUGUGUUGGUGUGAGGCAUUGUUGUUGUUACUGAUUACGUAUUUCUUGAGUGUCAUGAGCCGGGCAUGUGGCUAGUACUUUGUCAUGAGCUCAUUUAAGUUUUAACCCUCACAACCUCAAGGAGACCCUUUUCUCAUUUUACAGGACUGAGGCCUAGAGAGGUGAAGUAGCGCGUGCAUCCCAGGUCACACAGCUCUGAACAAGCUGUGGUUGGUUGUUACCUCCAUUCCACCCGGAGCACCUGUUCCUAGGGCUCGGCCGCCCAGCGGGCUCAGGCCCAGAGCCCAGAGCAACCAGCACAAUAGCGUCCAACAGCUGGAACGCCAGCAGCAGCCCCGGGGAGGCCCGGGAGGAUGGGCCCGAGGGCCUGGACAAGGGGCUGGACAACGAUGCGGAGGGCGUGUGGAGCCCGGACAUCGAGCAGAGCUUCCAGGAGGCCCUGGCCAUCUACCCGCCUUGCGGCCGGCGCAAGAUCAUCCUGUCCGACGAGGGCAAGAUGUACGGCCGAAAUGAGUUGAUUGCACGCUAUAUUAAACUGAGGACGGGGAAGACUCGGACGAGAAAACAGGUGUCCAGCCACAUACAGGUUCUAGCUCGGAAGAAGGUGCGGGAGUACCAGGUUGGCAUCAAGGCCAUGAACCUGGACCAGGUCUCCAAGGACAAAGCCCUUCAGAGCAUGGCGUCCAUGUCCUCUGCCCAGAUCGUCUCUGCCAGCGUCCUGCAGAACAAGUUCAGCCCACCCUCCCCUCUGCCCCAGGCCGUCUUCUCCACUUCCUCGCGGUUCUGGAGCAGCCCCCCUCUCCUGGGACAGCAGCCUGGACCCUCUCAGGACAUCAAGCCCUUUGCACAGCCAGCCUACCCCAUCCAGCCGCCCCUGCCGCCGACGCUCAGCAGUUAUGAACCCCUGGCCCCGCUCCCCUCAGCUGCUGCCUCUGUGCCUGUGUGGCAGGACCGUACCAUUGCCUCGUCCCGGCUGCGGCUCCUUGAGUAUUCAGCCUUCAUGGAGGUGCAGCGAGACCCUGACACGUACAGCAAACACCUGUUUGUGCACAUCGGCCAGACGAACCCCGCCUUCUCAGACCCACCCUUGGAGGCAGUAGACGUGCGCCAGAUCUAUGACAAAUUCCCCGAGAAAAAGGGGGGACUGAAGGAGCUCUAUGAGAAGGGGCCCCCUAAUGCCUUCUUCCUUGUCAAGUUCUGGGCCGACCUCAACAGCACCAUCCAGGAGGGCCCGGGAGCCUUCUAUGGGGUCAGCUCUCAGUACAGCUCUGCUGAUAGUAUGACCAUCAGCGUCUCCACCAAGGUGUGCUCCUUUGGCAAACAGGUGGUAGAGAAGGUGGAGACUGAGUACGCCAGGCUGGAGAACGGGCGCUUUGUGUACCGUAUCCACCGCUCGCCCAUGUGCGAGUACAUGAUCAACUUCAUUCACAAGCUGAAGCACCUGCCUGAGAAGUACAUGAUGAACAGCGUGCUGGAGAACUUCACCAUCCUGCAGGUGGUCACGAGCCGGGACUCCCAGGAGACCCUGCUUGUCAUUGCUUUUGUCUUCGAAGUCUCCACCAGCGAGCAUGGGGCCCAGCACCACGUCUACAAGCUCGUCAAAGACUAGGGUGCUCUCUGCGCCUCCAUAAGGAUGCAGGGUGAGCAUCUCCUCUCCACACCUGCCUGGCACCCCUGGGGGGGUCCAGGAUUGAGGAUUCAUCUACCUGCCAGGCCUCAGGCCCAGGACCAGGAGGCCUCCCCACCUACCCCAGCACAUACACUCCCUGCCACUGUUCUGCGCUUUAAUUGUGGGAGAAGAGAGGAGAGGAGGGCUCAGCGGUGGGGCAGCCUGUCUGGGGCGCUGGCCCACCAUCACCCCGCUCUGCCAAGCCUCGCAUGACCUCAGAGAGGUGGGGAUAGGGGACACUUUCAGCCUCCGGCAUGUGUGGCCACUGCCCCCUCACCCCCCGCUGGGGAAGCGUGAUGGGCAGGUGAGGGCAGGAUGGAGACCAAGGGAGUCAGUGAGUGGAGGCCCUGGGAAAGGAGAGUGUCCGGUCAGGGUUGGGCUGAGGACAGAGGGGACCAUACAUCUUUGCCCCUCUGUGUCCCAGGCCUGGUGCCCAGACUCCUUGCAUGGCUUAUGCAGUCCUCAGACUCUGCACAGCGAGUGUGGGUCUCUGGGUUUCAGAUGAAGUGCCCAGGCUCCAGGAAGUUGAGGGACCCACAGGAGAGGUGGGCAGAGCUGGAGUUCUCAUCCAGGGCUGCUUGUCCCCAGAGCCCAGGUUUACACUACCUCCCUGGGGCGGGGGCUGGCCGCAGGGUAGGGGAGAGGCUCUGCAGUGUGAGGGGUGGAGCCUCAUUGAGGGCAGCUGGGUUAGGGGAGCACCUGUUUCAGAUUGGGCAUGAAGAGGGGAGCACAGUAGCUUAGACCCCAUUGGCACCCCACAAGCCAGCCAGGGGCCCCAGGAAGAUGGGGCACCCCCCAGCACCCUCCAGAUUGAGGGCAAGGUAGAGGAAGGAGUCCCAGCCUCUGGGCAGACCAGAGGCCCAGAGAGAGGGGCUAGCAGAAGGCUUUUGGGUUUUCUCUUGCCUGAGGCUUGGAUCUGACAAACGCUUUGUGGGCACUGCUCCCUUAGAUUCUUCCCCACCUCAGUCUACCUGCCUAGAGUAGCAGCGCCCAGACCCAGUUCUGGGACUGAAGGUUAACCCUUCACCUGCUGCCCCUUCUCAACACCCAGGCCCCCAGAGCCAGCCGGGCCUGUCCAGCAGCCACCUGUGGGUAUUUAUGAGUUUCAUAUGAAGUACUGUGCCCCUUCCCUUCCUCAUCCCGACCCUGCCCGAGCUUCCUGAAGGUCCUCACCGUUUGCAUAUCGCUCAGGCCACCUCCAAACCCCACCUAGGUUUUAUAAUGUAUAUUAUAUAUUUUUUUUGUGUAUUUUUAAAAUCCAGCUGUGAUGGGUUGUAUCAUAAAUGCAGCUUGGGGUUGGAGCAGGGGCCAUCAAAGCCCAGCUCCUGCUCAAAAAAAAAAAAAAAAAAUUAAAAGUUAUUUGUUUGUGGGUCACUCAAGUAA